AUGGAAAGAAGAAGGAGAAUGGACUUUACCAGUGAGCAAAUGGGCUGCCGGAAAAGAUUAAAGGGUUCGCUGGAAUCCGCCGGAGAGUCUGAUUUCUUCGAUGCCUUGCCUGAUGAUCUUGUCCUCUGUAUUCUCUGUAAACUCAGCUCCACUGCAUCCUGCCCUGCAGAUUUCAUCAGCUUUUUGAUAACAUGCAAAAGAUUUAAUGGGUUAGGACUCCAUUCAUUAGUGUUAUCCAAAGCUUGUGAGGAAAUGAUAUCAGUCAAAGCUAAGAACUGGUCUGAGUCAACUCACCGAUUCCUCAAACUCUGUGCCGAUUCUGGGAAUGCUGAAGCCUGUUACACUCUUGGCAUGAUUCGUUUCUACUGUUUGCAAAACCGAGGGAGCGGCGCGUCUUUAAUGGCGAAGGCUGCUAUUAGUUCUCACGCGCCGGCAAUUUAUUCACUCGCUGUCAUUCAGUUCAACGGAAGCGGUGGUUCGAAAAACGACAAGGACCUAAGAGCUGGUGUUGCACUUUGUGCGCGCGCCGCUUUCUUGGGGCAUAUCAACGCGCUUAGAGAGCUCGGCCACUGCCUGCAAGACGGUUAUGGAGUGAAGCAGAACAUCGCCAAGGGGCGCCGAUUCCUCAUCCAAGCCAACGCGCAGGAGCUAGCCGCCGUUUUGGACACAGCGGCUCCAUCGGCUCUGAACGUCGGUUCGUGGCUUACGUGGAAUCCCCUGCUUCUCCAUCGCUACGUUUCAGUCGCCGGAUGUACGUUUUUGAGUGACUUUGGGUAUAAUGUUCCGGCGCCGGAGACUCAUCCAGUGAACCGUUUUAUAUCCGAUUGGUUCUCGGGUUUUGAAGGGAUUCCGGGUCCGGGGCUCCGGUUGUGUUCCCAUCCGGGUUGUGGGAGGCCAGAGACUAGGAGGCAUGAGUUUCGGCGGUGCUCUGUGUGCGGAGCAGUGAAUUAUUGCUCCCGUGCUUGUCAGGCUCUAGAUUGGAAGCUCCGCCACAAGGCGGAGUGCACCGCCGCCGAGAGGUGGAUCGAUGACGGCGGCGAAAUUGAACCUAACGGAAUUGACAUCAACAUUGUCGGCAAUGGGAAUGCUGAGGAGGCAAUGGAGAUUUGA